CCGGCGGCGGGGGGUCGGCGGCUCGGUGGCCGGGGCGCGCGCCGAGGGACCCGCGCUGAUCCCGGGUCCUGGUCCUCAGGCGCGGUGCCUGCGGGGUCCGCAGCGAAGGGGGGCGCACGGGCCCGCCAUGAGCUCUCCGCCGCCUGCCCGCAGUGGCUUUUACCGCCAGGAGGUGACCAAGACCGCCUGGGACGUGCGCGCCGUGUACCGGGACCUGCAGCCCGUGGGCUCGGGCGCCUACGGCGCGGUGUGCUCGGCCGUGGACAGCCGCACGGGCGCCAAGGUGGCCAUCAAGAAGCUGUACCGGCCCUUCCAGUCAGAGCUGUUUGCCAAGCGCGCCUACCGCGAGCUGCGCCUCCUCAAACACAUGCGCCACGAGAACGUGAUCGGGCUGCUGGACGUGUUCACGCCUGACGAGACCCUGGAUGACUUCACAGACUUUUACCUGGUGAUGCCGUUCAUGGGGACCGACCUGGGCAAGCUCAUGAAGCACGAGAAGCUGAGUGAGGACCGGAUCCAGUUCCUGGUGUACCAGAUGCUGAAGGGGCUCAAGUAUAUCCACGCUGCUGGCAUCAUCCACAGGGACCUGAAGCCGGGCAACCUAGCGGUGAAUGAGGACUGUGAGCUUAAGAUCCUGGACUUUGGCCUGGCCAGGCAGGCAGACAGUGAGAUGACCGGAUACGUGGUGACGCGGUGGUACCGGGCACCCGAGGUCAUCUUGAAUUGGAUGCGCUACACGCAGACUGUGGACAUCUGGUCCGUGGGUUGCAUCAUGGCUGAGAUGAUUACGGGGAAGAUACUGUUCAAGGGCACCGACCACCUGGACCAGCUGAAGGAGAUCAUGAAGGUGACCGGCACGCCGUCGCCCGAGUUUGUGCAGAGGCUGCAGAGUGCGGAUGCGAAGAACUACAUGAAGGGCCUCCCUGAGCUGGAGAAGAAGGACUUUGCCUCCAUCCUGACCAACGCCAGCCCCCUGGCCGUGAGCCUCCUGGAGAAGAUGCUGGUGCUGGAUGCGGAGCAGCGGGUGACGGCGGCCGAGGCCCUGGCCCACCCCUACUUCGAGUCCCUGCACGACACGGAAGAGGCGCCUGCGGCCCAGAAGUACGACGACUCCUUUGACGACGUGGACCGCACGCUGGACGAGUGGAAGCGUGUCACAUACAAAGAGGUGCUCAGCUUCAAGCCGCCCAGGCACCUGGGGACCAGGGUUUCCAAGGAGACGGCUCUGUGAAGACCUCUGAGCUCCGGGUUGGCGGAGGGGGCUUCUUGCCUUGGCCUACCCCUUGGGGGGGGUCGUGGUUACCACCUUGACCCUGGCUGGGCUGGCGUCCCAAGGCAUCUACUGGGAGCAGACCCCCUGGUUCCAUGGACCCUCCUCCCCAGGCCUGUUCCUCUGUCCUCUGGCACCACCUCAGCCCUGCAGGAGCAUCAGAACUUUCUGGACAGGAUUUCUGCCUGGCCUGGGGAUGGCCUCCAACCCCUGGAGCCUUGGCCCUCUGCCAGGCGCAGCAAGAAACAUCCGAGCUGGCAGCGCCCAGGGUCGAGCCCUGCAUGCUCCAGGCCCUGCCGGAGAGGACGGACAGAGGGAGGGUGCAGGCCCCAGCUCAGGGUCAGCCGCGGACUCUCCCGCCCCCCCAGCCUGCAACGUCAGUCAGCCGGUGGCGUGUGCACGUGGCUGGAAGGGAAUAAACGCUUUUGUAGACCUCUC